AUUCCACGUGCAUCGAUAGUAACACCAGCUAUGCAUCGACCAAUGACUCAUCACUCACUUCAGCCACUGGCACCGAAGCAUCCUCUGAUAGCGAAUAGUUUUUAUCAUAUAUUCAUUAUUAUCAUACAUACCUACACACCGACACGGACAUCGUCAGACUGAAAUCCGACGGGUGAAUGCACGGAACUGCAGAAAGCCGAGUAAAUGUGUAACUUAAAAGUCGUUGAUAAGGAAUAUUUGGAUAUUUAAUUACUGUCAAUUGUCAAAAAUGGGGAUUUUUACCGUUUUCGGCACUUGUAUCUACACUGUCUGAUUAAUUGAGUUUAUAAUUAUCGUUGUAUUUAGCAGAUAAUAAAUUAAUCGUUUCAUUUGUAAUAAUAUAUAUUUAUAAUUAUAUUUAUAAGUAUUAUAAAGUUAAGAAGUCAAGUCAAAAAAGAGUGAAGCAUUUGUUGUUGUUGCUAGAGGUAAAGCAGGUGAAUAUAAAAGCGGUAUGAAUUGUUCGUUGUUCAGUCGUCUCGACUAGUGCGGGCCAUCGGGUGGACAUAGAGAAACGUGCUGUUAACUUAUGUCCGAAUCUCAGGCGUUUAUUAAUUGACUAUUGUUUUAAUGGACUCGGAUAAUUGUACAUUUGUUAAUCAUCAAUUCAAUUAAAUUUCAGCAACAGGUAAUUUGUGGCUGUCCGGAUAUAGUUUGUUGCAUUGAGAUACUAAUUAUCAGUUAGUGAGACACGUUCAAGGAAAAUAAGUGAAAACGUUUCCCGGCAACAAUGUUACUUGUUUUGUUCGUGAUAUGGAGCUGUGUUGGUUUGAUUUACAUACACAUGAAAAGAAGGCAUUUAGUGAAUUUAGGUGCCAAGUUACCGGGACCUAAACCUUUGCCUUUGGUUGGGAAUGCUUUAAUGUUUAUUGGAAAACCAGAAAGAAUGUUUCGAAAAUUAGCAAUCCUUAAUAAAAAAUAUAAACGAAUGUUGGCUCUCUGGAUGGGCCCAAAGUUAACAGUGUUAAUAUUUAAUGCGAAAGAUGCAGAAGCAAUUUUGAAAGCAAAAGGUACUUUCAAAGCUGAAGAAUAUCAAUUUUUACGCCCUUGGCUUGGCGAAAGUAUCUUAAUCAGUGAAGGUGCGAAGUUUAAACACAACAAAAAACUACUUACGCCUGCGUUUCACUCGCAGAAUUUAAAGCAAUACUUAAAGGUAUUCAGCGAGUACAGUAAUAAACUUAUUGAUGAACUUGAGGAGCAAGUUGAUGAGCCGGAAUUCGAUAUUCAGCCAUACCUGAGUUUAUCCACAAUGUUUGCUUUACUAGAAACGUCGAUGGGAGUGAAGAAAGAAACUUUAGGUAAUCAAACCAUGGACUACAUUCAUGCCGUUGAAAGGCUGGGCCGGUUUGCGCAUGAACGUUCGUACAAAGUGUGGCUGCGACCGGACAUUGUUUUUAAAUACUCGAAACUGAAACAGGAGCAAGAUAAGUACCUGAACGUAGUGCAUCCGUUGACCGAGAAGGUCAUCAAGGAGCGUCGACGAGAAUACUUGAUGAACAAGGAGAAUGUCAAUGGAGAGCAAAUCAAAUGGCCAGUCUUUUUGGACAAAUUCUUUGAAGCCACUGAUGAUGAAACCGGUGCGGGAUUGACAGAUGACGAAAUCAAGGACGAAGUUAUGACAAUGCUCUUCGCUGGUCAUGAUACAACAUCAGUUGCAAUUGGGUUUUGUUUAUGUAUGCUGGGCUUACAUCAAAAUGUACAAGAAAAGCUACAAUCUGAAUUAGAUUAUGUUUUUAAUGGGAUGAAUGAAGAAGUUACCUAUGAAGAUUGCAAGAAAUUGGUUUAUAUGGAUCAGGUAAUUCAGGAAACAUGGCGUCUGUUUCCGCCUAUACCGAUGAUUGGUAAGAAGCCACAGGAGGAUAUUCCGUUGGAGGAUUGCACUUUGCCCAGCGGUUGCACGACCCUAUUGUGUAUCAUGGCGAUUCAUCGUGACGAAACGCAGUAUAAAAACGCCAACGAUUUCAAUCCUGAUAACUUCCUACCUGAGAACAUUAAGCAACGCAAUCCGUACAGCUUUAUUCCGUUCUCAGCCGGGCAACGGACGUGCGUAGGACAACGAUACGCGCACCUUCUUAUUAAGGUUACACUAACCUACAUACUGCGAAGAUACCAAGUGUCGUCGGAGCGUCCUAUCUCCCAGUACAAACUGGCUGGGCAAACUUCUCUCAAGAUGAAAAAUGGUUUUAUGAUCAGUUUAAAGGAUCGCCAACUUAAUAACAACAAAAUAACAAACGAUUACUAAUCCUUAUAACAAUAUACAAUUGUUUAUUGUAGAUUAGUUCAAUAUUAGCCCAAUAUUAUUAUUUUGGUUAUUUAAAUGCAUUAAAUACGUUUUUAAUUCA